UUUUUCUCAUCGUCGCUCAGAAUCCCCUGCACAAAUGUCGGCAGUCAAGGCGACUCCAAAGACCAUCGCCCAGCUUCAGUCGGACAUUGAGCGAGUGCGCCUCGCUGGCCAUUGGACGGCCAUUCCCGAGCUGGUCGAGCGCCACGAGCGAACGCUUCCAAACGAUGUUGAGCCGCGCGAACUGCUCAUCGGCGAGCGAUUCUUGGUGCAACACCGCCAGGCCUUCUUCCAGAAUCUGCUGGCCGCGCACGGCUCUGUGGUGAGCUGGGCAACGUCUGGACUCACUCCCGGCAUGCAACUCACAACCGCUGGAAGUGGUGCCGACGCGGCUGCGGCUGCCACGCCGAAGGCAUCGGUGCUCAGCUCGUCCUACUCUCCGCUGCGUGCCAGCCUCGCCGAGGCAAUUCCGCAUCUGGAACGCGCCGCGUCGCAGCAACGGAAGGAAGAUAGCUCAGUUAUGGUAGAGGCGCAACUUGUGCUUGCCCAGGUGUAUUACAGCCUUGGCGAUUCGACGAGCUGUGAGCGCGUCUUUGGUCGGUUGGACUUGGAAGAGAUUUUCAGCGAUCUGGAUGCACUCAACCGGAGAACCGCCAUGCUGGGUGCCGAAGCACUCGUUUGUCGAGGUCUCGUGAAAGAGCGCCUUGCCAGCGCCGGCACUGCGUCGCCCGCAGAAGCGGCAGAAUUGCAGCGCGAGGCGCUCAAGUACUUUAAUCGCGCCGUGCUGAUUGCCACCAAAAAGUUCCCCGCAUCGCCAGGCAACAUUGGAUUUGAGGGUGUCAUGACCACCGCGCUCUUCCGCGUCCCGGCACUCUAUCUCGAGGCGGACAACGUCUCCAAGUGCAUCGAGACGCUGCGUCGCAUCAUUCGGUUACCCUUGGUCUCGCAGACGUCCACGCGCCAGCUGGCCAUGCGCCGGUUGUCGGACGUGCUGCUCUACACGACCUGUGAAACAACCUACACGCGGGCUCAAACGCUGGCCACUAACGCUAGCCUCGCCCCGGCAACAACCGGCAAGGGCCACUCGCGGUCGCUGUCGACCGGCAACCGAUCCAUCUCGCAAGACUCCACUGCUGUUCCCGGAGACGAAGUGGAGGAUGCCCUGUUGCUGCUACUGCUAGAAGAAGUCGCCUUGCAGCAAGCCAUCGAGGUGGCCAGCGCGACCGCCGCCGCCGCUGCCGAAGCCGAGGACGCGAGAAAAAAGGCCGAAGCCGCCGCAGCUGCAUUGGCUGCCAGCAACCAAGCCAUUGCCGCCGCGUCGGAUGCCAACGGUGGCAGCAGCAACCGCAGCAGCUCGAGUCAGACUGCUCCCGCGACGCCAAACUCAAAGGACGCCAAAGGCAAAGGCAAGCAGUCGACAAAGGCCAACCGCAAGUCGGCAUCCGUAGCUCCAGAGCAACUCCCAAUGCAGCCCCUCGGCACACAGCCUCCAUCUGCCACCUCGUCGGCGAUUGGAGCUCCAUCGUCCGAGGCUCCUGCCAGCUCUUCUGCAACGGUGCCCCAAGCGUCAGAAUCCACCACGGCCACCACGGAUGCAUCAUCGGCGGCUGGCGUUGCUGCAGCCUCGGCCACUGGCGCAACAUCCUCGUCCACGACAGAAUUUCCGCUCGAAAACAGGGGCUCGUCUCUGGAAUCGAUUCCCAUGCUCACAGUCACUGCAACGAACGGCGAGACAGACAUGGCUCACCAGCCAACUCUGCUCGAGGUCGCCGAGGUGAAGGCCGGCGACGCUACCACAGUCUCGACCACGGGACCUGUCGACCACCACCAGCACGUGUCGGUGGUUGCACACCAGCUCGAGCCUCCAAAGCAUACGGCGUUGACGCGGUUGGACCAUCCAAUGCUCCCCAAGCUGUACGAGGCCAUUGUUUCGGUCUACGACCGCAUUGCCAUCUUGUGUUCGCGUCGAAAGCUGUUUGGCGUCCUGGUGGGCAUCUACGAGCGCUCGCUCAAGUUCUCCUACCGCAAUUCGCACCUGUGGUUGCAGUUUGCACUUGUCUUGUUAUCUGCCGGCCACUACCGACGGGCUUCUCACGUGCUCUGUGAGGCCUGCCAGCUCCAUCCGGGCGCCGAUGCCUCGCACAUGCACCGUACCCCCGCUGAUGUGGUUCCGCUGUUGCUGGGCGCAUCGGUGUGCUUUAACAGUCUGGACGACACCACGACAGCGCUGGAAUUUGCCUUUGCCGCCUCCUCCGUUGUCACUCGCAAACAACAGCCGCUGGAUGUCAAGACCUACCAAGUGAUUGGUCUGUCGUACCGUGCCAAAGCCAGUCACGCUCGUUUUGCUGCAGACAGGAAGGGGUUUCAAACUGCAGCACUGCAAGCCUUGCACAAGGCGCAUUUGCUCGACAAAGGCGAUGCGAACAUUGCACGGCAUUUGGCUCUCGCCUACGCAGACAUUCGCGAGAUGCCGCUUGCCAUUCGUUACUGCCAACUGGCCAUCCAGCUCAAUCCGGGCGAUCACGACGCGCUGCAUCUCAUGGCGCUGAUUCUGUCGUCGCAGCGCGAGUACGGCAAGGCCAUUCAGAUCUGCGACGCAGUGCUCGCCACCCAGCCCGCUGCCUUUGCCGUGUUGUUAACAAAGGCCUCGCUCCAGCUGGAGCACUUGGGCGCCCUUGUCGCCCUCGACACGUACGCGCACAUGCUCAAGCAAUGGCGCGAUCUUUACCUGACUUUGGUGACGAGCGGGACCAGCGGCGCACUGCCCCGAUCUUCUUCACGACUGCUCCACAAGCUCGUGGCGGAUGGUCGCUCCACUGUGCACAAGCUUGGUGGCCUGUCUGCCACCGACCAGGACGGCGAGGCGAGCACCGCCCAAGGCGCCGCCUCCAGCAGUGCUGGUGGCAACGAAGCGGCGUCCAGUCGUGCCGGGGACGACGGUAGCACUGUCGGCGGUGCCAACAGUGUCAACACUGCCGCUGCUCUCCACCAAGGCUGGCUCAUCUUGAUCUGGGUGCACAUUGCCAAGACAUUUAUCACUCUGGAAAAGUACGCCGAUGCGGCCGCGUGUCUCAAGGAGGCCAAGUCGCUCUACCCGCUGCUCGAGUCGUAUUAUUUUAUAACUGGUUUGGUUGCCGAAAAGAAGCGCUUGUACGCCGACGCUGCUCUCGAGUUUGAGCGAGCUCUUGCCAUCAAGCCGGAUCAUCUCGAGGCGCUGAUUCACAUGGGCAUUGUUGCUCGCGAGCAGGGUGAUCUCGUGGUCGCGGAAAAGUUCUUGACAGAGGCAACGCUUGUUGACACGAGCUCGCAUGUUGCGUGGCACAACCUUGGCACUGUGUUGCAGCUGCAGCAGCAGCACGAUCGAGCUGUUGAGUGCUUCCUGCUUGCGGUGGAUCUCGAAUCAACCGCGCCGAUCGUUCCGUUCUCCAAUAUUUCGUCCUAUUUGUGAAGCUUCCCCUCCGUUCCCCUCCUCCCUCUCUGUCUUCCUUGAAGAGACGGGGAGGUUUUCAUUGACGGGUUGCCCCGUGUGUUGUGUUGGUGUGCAGCUGUUUAAUAUGCAAUUGAAAACACACAAAAAGAGACACAAAAUUUCUCGCAACUC